UUUAUUUGUUUACCAGCCAGAUUAAAAGAAAAUUAAAAGGAAAUUGCAUUACAAAAUCAAACUGGAGAGUGCUGAAUGCAGCUGUAUAUCUUGUCCUCCCCUUUCCUGGGCCCUGAGGAGAAGGUGUAGCUUUCUUUCCGUCAAGCAAACAAAUCAGCUUCAAACUUGACUGCCAUCUGGAGUCUAAUCGUGAGUGAAGUGCAUCUGCACACCCUUACAGCAAGUUCUGAAGGAAACUAGUUACAACAGUCAGUAUUAGGUAUGGACGGCUGUGUGUCUUCCUUUGCUAUCCGUCAUCUUGACAAAAAAAGACUUCACAACAAUAGUUAACCAGGUGUUUGAUAUGAGCCUCAACCUCCAAGCAGCUUGAAACUGGGAUAUUUCCUUCUUAAACAAGAGUCACUUCAGACAUCUCCUUCUACUACUGUGUAAGGACUCCUUGAAGAACUAUGAACAGAUCAAGACACAUGGGAAAGAUCCAGAAGCGGUUGGAGGAAGUCAAGAACUUAUCAUUUCGAUUGGCCAAACUGGAUUUCAGUCACAACGAAAGUGUGCGGCUAGCUACAGAUGCCCUCUUAGAUGGUGGUCUCCCAGCCUACCUCAAGGCCUUGGAGGAUGAGGGAGAGGUGGACUUCCUAUCCACUGUGGAAGCUCAGUACAUUAAGAGGAAUGCAAAGGAACCCUACUAUUCGAGCGACGGAGAAGUUGGGUCCAGGCAGAAUAAUGAUGCCAGGUCCCUUCAAUCAGGAACGUAUUUUCCUCUUGUCUCUGAGAACAGUGAACCAGCCCUUCUUCACACUUGGAGCACAUCCGAAAAGCCCUAUCUGAAGGAGAAGUCAAGUGCUACUGUGUACUUCCAAACGGACAAGAACAGUAACAUUAGGGACUUGAUACGGCGUUGCAUCAACAAGACCUCCCAGGUAUUAGCCAUCCUCAUGGAUGUGUUCACAGAUGCUGAGAUAUUCUGCGAUAUCUUGGAAGCAGCCAACAAGCGACAAGUCUUUGUCUACCUCCUGCUUGACCAUAGCAACCUAAAGCUCUUCACUGAGAUGUGUGACAAGCUGCAUGUCGAAGAGGGACAUUUUAAGAACAUUUCUGUGCGAAGUGUUACUGGUGAAGUCUACUGUGCCAAAUCGGGUCGAAAAUUCUCAGGACAAAUCCAAGAGAAAUUCAUCAUCUCGGACUGGAGAUACGUUCUGUCUGGAUCAUAUAGCUUCACAUGGUUGUGUGGCCAGGUCCACCGGAACUUCCUCUCCAAGUUUACGGGCCAAGUGGUGGAACUCUUUGACGAGGAGUUUCGGCAUCUCUACGCCUCGUCCAAACCUGUGGCGGGGCUGAGGCUCCCCUCCCAUACCUCCCUCUUCUUCCUCAACAAGAGUACCGCAGCCACCCAAGGGAGCCUCACCAACAGCAGCAACCAUGGGAGCAUCCACACACCCUCUGACCCGUUCAGUAGCAUAUCUAACAACAGCGGUUCGGCAAGCAGGAAACCUGUGAGGACUCCAGUGUACAACAUCCAGCCCACGUCACCAUCACCUCUCAGCAGAGGCCACUCUUUUCACGGCUACACCAAAUUUAUGUCCACCCCGCCCCCCAAUGGCAUCCAAGUCAACUACUACCAACGCCAAUAUGUUGCCGAUUCACCUGCAGUCCUGUACAACAACAUCAACAUAUACCGGCCGAUAAGAAUGAGGCAAGAGGAGGUCAACAGGGCACGGAUGAACCCCGUCUGGAGGUGUCUUCAUAAAGCCAGUUUAUUAGGAUGAUUGCAACCAGUUUGCUAGGUUUAUCUUUUGUUGACCUGAUCAUGAAUGGAUUGGUAUGGGAGAAGGAGACAACACAAGCCACUGACUUUUCAAAACAAUGUUUCUAGACCUUGUGGCCACUGAAAGCUUGAGAAAACACCCCAAAUGUAUGUUUUAUUGCCUAAGAGAAAGAAUUGAAGAGGGAAGAAAUUCUGUAAAGCAGGCUAUGUUAUAUAAUGCAGAUUUUAUUCAUAAU